GAGAAACAAUACACUCGCAUGCAUCCUAUGAGAAAAGCACCAAAAGCAGAAUUCAGUCUUGUAACACAAUACCAUUCAGAAAAUAGUGGUGCAUAUUCUUUUUCAUGGUGCACCUUCACUUAAAUAAGCAAAAGAUGCAGACGUUUGCUAACCAAUCCAUUUUCAGCCUCAAGAAGUCUGCAUCAUCAAAAAUGAUGCAGUUAAUUGAAACUAAAGUGCUCUUAAUUGCACGCUCGUCAGAGCCUCCCUCCCUCUGCAUUUUAUUUACCACCAUCCUCUUUAGUAAAUGUCAACACAUUUAUGCGUCAGCUAACAUUUCGAGGGGAGGUAUUUCUUUUUUUUUUUAAUUCCUGCCUAGCUUCUUUACAGGUGAGCAGUUGCCCUUCACUGGAUGGACUUUAAGCGCAAGUGUGUGGAACCAGAGCUAAAAAGUAACAAUGUCGCCUCCAACAGAGUGUGAUGUAGAUGGGCUCCCCAGUGGUUACGGAUCCAGGGAAUCCAUCCUUAGGCCAGGGGAAAAGAAAGACUGGAAAAGAAGAAGGCGUGGUCGCAAGAACAGCCACAGCAGCUGGGAUCCAGGUCAUAACAACACAGAGCCUUGCAGAGAAAAAGCUGCGCCCACGUUUGAAGUGAGCGGAAGUGCAGCCAUGCGCUGCUCCACCCUGCUUGCCAUCCUCACAGGGGUGCUACUCUACUUGGUGCUGGGCGCCGUGGUGUUCAGGGCUUUGGAGACGCCGCUAGAAGAAGGCAAGCAUAAGAAGCUGCAGGGGACAUGUCAAGAAUUCCUGAUGAACUUUACCUGUGUUGGACCUGAUAACCUGCAAGCUUUCAUCGAGGGGGUGGCAGAGGCCAUCAGUGCAGGCGUGGAUCCGAGUAGUAACGCCACCUUUGUCAGCCAAUGGAAUUUAGCCAGUGCCUUUUUUUUCUCUGGGACAAUCGUCACGACUAUUGGUUUUGGAAACAUCUCACCCAAGACAGAAGGUGGUCAACUGUUUUGUAUUUUCUACGCCUUGGUUGGAAUUCCAUUCUUUGGCAUCCUUCUCGCUGGGGUCGGAGACCAUCUUGGGACCGGGUUGAGGAAAACAGUUGCCAAAAUAGAGAAACUCUUCCUGAAAUGGCGCAUCAGUCAAACCAUCGUCCGAGUGAUUUCUGCCAUCUUGUCCAUCCUGCUUGGCUGCCUGCUGUUUGUUGCAGUGCCAAUUUUGGUUUUCCAAAGGGUGGAGGGUUGGACCCUGCUGGAAUCGGCGUACUUUGUCGUCAUCACCUUGACAACGGUGGGAUUUGGGGACUAUGUGGCAGGGGAUUCUGGGCUUGAAGGCAGUGACCACUGGUACAAGCCUUUGGUGUGGUUCUGGAUCUUGCUGGGUCUUGCCUACUUUGCAUCCAUUCUGUCAAUGAUAGGAAACUGGCUUCGAGUUCUCUCAAAGAAAACCAGAGCUGAGAUGGAGGAACUGCGGGCCCAUGCCACUGACUGGACACAAAACAUCCAGAAUAUGGAUUUUCGAAUCUCGGGCAAAAUUGAUGACCCCUUCAGACGGCGCCGGAGAAGGCGGCGCCAUCGUGCUCGCCGCCACGGUCAAGGAACUUCAGCUCCCGGGGCUCCUGAGGGAGAAGUUCAGAAUGAGAGUGAAACGGAUUCAGAAUCUUACUCCUCUUAUACAUCCUCCAAUGAGUCCGAGUCUGGAUCUGAAUCGGAAAGCACUCAAACCGAGCCUGUGGACAACGAAAAGCAGGACCCGCUCUUUUCUCAGCCUCUUGACUAUUUUGGGGAGAACCUAGCAUUCAUUGACGAGUCAUCUGAUGCUCAGAGCGGCAAUUUACAUUUAGAUACUCAAUUGGAUUCAAAAUCACCUCAUCUUAAACGUGGCCAUACACACAAAAGGAGGCGCCACAGGAGGCCUGAGCCACGGAGAAGCCCCAAAAAUGAUGGAAACAAACCAUCCGGUCUUGACGUGAAGGAGCACAAUGGAACCACACAGCCGGUUCCAAGUAUACCACUGAAGCCUCAAGUAUAAAAACCAUGUCGCUAGCACAAGAAAGGUCAUAACACAAGUUCUUCACUGGAGGUGGGACAUGUUAAGGCAAAAAGGUUUGCAUAUUUACAGGCACAUGAAAAUGAAGUGUUGCACAAGCUUUGGCCGCAUGUUUUGCAGAUGCUGCUGUUUACUUUUGCGCGAAUGCCUUAAUGUUAAAAGUGAUGCCUUGGCUUUCUUUGCUGCUUGAAGAAUUGCUGCCCUCUGCUGGGCUGAGAGAGGAUCAACAGUUUCUUUCUUGUAAUCAUUUAUUAUGUAGCUGUCCAAAACGAUGCGAAAAAAAAAUAAUAAUCAGGAAGGACCAACCAAAAAUCACACCAUAUGUGCUACUAUUUUGCUGGUGCUGAUCUCAGACAUUUGCCUAGCAACUUUCUUGGAGUGCUGUACGUCCUUCUGGAAUCAACCACUGUGUUUUACAAUGUUUACUGUGAAAACAAAACAUGAUGACGUUGCUGAUUAAUGUCUUCUGUACUGCAUGGACUGGUGGACUGGAACUAUUUCUCAUGUUCUGUACAGAGAUGAUCUCAGAGCAGCAUUUCUUUUAAAUUGUAGAUACAUUUGGCACGGCAUAUUAUAGAAUGUAAAUCUG